AUGAAGCCUGAUUGGCUCAAUCAUAUACGACCUUGGGACAUGAAGAUCGACAUCACCACCUGUGAAGUGAAGCCGCCAUUGAAUCAAGAGGAUUACGAGCACCCUGAUUUUGAUUUUAUGAAGCUUGGCCUGGAAGUGUGUGGGAUGCUGAACAAGAUGUUGGAUAUAAUCGAAGUUGAGGACGCAAUGGUGGUAUUUGGAAUUCUGGUCGAUGGCUACCAGGUAACUACGUAUGCAACGGAUUUGAAGGCACAAGUAUACCGCAUGAUACAACUUGGAAGAUGCAAUCCGAUCUUGGUGCGUUCCCAGCCUCGCUCCACUGCCUCUUGCACGUCAAAACUUUAG